GGUAAAAUUGUCAGAUACGUCUACAUUUAAACUACCAAUUCAUGUUUGAACUACAGUUUCAGACUCAUACGAAUGUUUAAAAGCCACUCACUGCUAGAGUCUCACUACAGAUUCCUUGAGGGUGGGUGGAUGGACUGGUUUACCUGGAUCAGCUGAUCAGACAUGCGAAAGUGAAAGAAAAUGACAGCUCUCUGGGAAGUGUUUUAUCUUUUCGUCUGUGUAUUAUUGUCAAAAUACAAUGCUGUAACUGCUGUCAUUUAUGUUGAGAAUGGGAAGAACAUGACCUUAGAUCCAUAUAUACCAGGAGAGCCUGAAGAGAUUUUGUGGACGUUCAACGGAAACAAGGUGGCUGAAUAUGAUUCAACUGGCUUUCAAGAAUACGGUCAGUUCCGAGGAAGAUCAGAGAUUGAAUUUACUACUGCAAAACUCACUGUUCGUCGAAUGUCCAGCCAGGACAGUGGUAUUUAUAGGUCUGUAAUACAGAUCAAUGGAAGGCAGCAAAAUUCUGAAAAUAAAGUUCAAGUUAUUGAUGCUGUGCAGGAGCCUAGUGUGACCUGUAAACUGAACACUUCUACAAAAAUACUAUUUUGUUCAGUGUCAUCUCAGAUUCAAGUAACCUAUGAAUGGACUGGAUCAGAUUUGAUAAAACACUCUGGGCAAGAGUUUCCUGUCAGCAAGGAGGAGAAGCCAGAUUCAGUCUUUACAUGCACUGUGAAAAAUGAAGUUAGCCGAAAGAAUACCAGCUUUGCUUUGAAGGACUGCCCUAUAGAUUUACUACAUCCAGAUAAUAUAAGCGAGAAUGAUAAUAUAACUCUACCAGUUGUAUUAUUCAUCAUCAGUGCUGUUAUCAUCAUCAUAGUGGCAGUUGUGAUGUAUUUCAUUUGCAAAAGAAGAAACAAGGCUAAAGAUAAAGAUAGCACACCAAAAAUGGAAACGAAUGAAUUAUCAAGUGCAGAAGCGCAAGAUGUUAUCCAGCCUCUCAUGAGCAUUCAUUAUGAAGUGAACAAGGUAGAAAAGAGCAUUCGUGAUGAUGCAGAUGAAGAUGUUAACCGGUCCCUCACAAACCAUCAUAAUACAAAGAACAAUGAAGAACCGAACAUGAGUGAAGGUGCAAAUAAGACUGAGAAAACUAAAGAAGCAGAAAGGACAGCUGGUAAUGAAAGUGAUGAAGAUGUUAACCAGCCCUUCAAAAACAAACAUGAUGCAGAGAAAAAUGAAAAACAGUACAUAAGUGAAGAUGUAGCUAAGUAUGAGAAAAAUGAAGCAGAUCUGAUGAAUGAUCAUGAAAGUGAUGAAGAUGUUAACCAGUCCCUCACAAACAGUCAUAAUGCAGAGAACAAUGAAGAAUGCAUAAGUGAAGAUGCAGAUAAGACUGAGAAAAAUUAUACAGUACUGAUGGAUGAUCAUAAAAGUGAUGAAGAUGUUAACCGGUCCCUCACAAACAGUCAUGAUGCAGAGAACAAUGAAGAACCGAACAUAAGUGAAGAUGCAGAUAAGACUGAGAAAAAUGAAGAAGCAGAAAGGACAGCUGGUAAUGAAUGUGAUGCAGAUGUUAACCAGUCCCUCACAAACAGUCAUAAUGCAGAGAGCAAUGCAGAAUGCAUAAGUGAAGAUGCAGAUAAGACUGAGAAAACUGAUACAGAACUGAUGGAUGAUAAUGAAAGUGGUGAAGACCUUCACAAUCAUGAAGAUGAUGAGUAGGAAAUGUAUGAAGUUCAAGACCUCACUGAACCAGCACAAGACAGUACUAGCAACGAGUAGCAAGUUAAAUGACAAGCACUGAGCAGCUGGGACACAGAAAUCACUGUAACACUUUACAAUAAGGUUUAUUUGGUAACAUUAAUACAUUAAGUGACAUGAACUAACAAUGAAGAAUAUAUCUUUACAGCAUUUAUUAACAUUUCAAUACGAAUAAUGAUAAUGUUGUUGCUGUUGUGUAUUUUUGGGUAUUAUUAUUAUUAUUAUUAUUAUUAUUAUUGAACAUCUUAUGAACUAACAUGUUAGUUCACAGUGCAUUACCAUGUUAACAGAUACAACUUUUGUAUUGUAAAUGCUCUGCGGUUACUAGGAUUAAUAGAUGCUGUACAAGUAUUGUUCAUGUUAAGAAAUAUUGUAUCUAAUGCAAACAAAUUAAACCUUAUCAUGAAGUGUUACUGAAAUAACUUGUAUUUGGAUCCUGCUGUGUUUAUGGGCCAUUCUACAGAACUGGUACAAACUGCACUGAUAUUUUGGUACAGUAAAUAUAUCAAAACUUAAUUUCUGAUUAGUAAUAUGCAUUAUUAAGAACUUCAUUUAGAUAACUUUAAAGACAAUUUUCUCAGUAUUUUGAUUUUUUUUUUUUUUUUUUUUUCCAAACCCUCAGAUUCCAGAUUUUCAAAUAGUUGUAUCUCAGCCAAAUAUUGUCCUAUCCUAACAAACCAGACAUCAAUUGCAAGCUUAUUUAUUCAGCUUUCAGCUGGUUUUGUGGUCCAGGGUCACAUUUAAAAAACAUUUAGGAUUUCAAAUCUUAGAUGUGUACUCAGAUCCUUCUAUUAUCGUUUGAAACCCAAAAUGAUAUUUAAAAUAUCAGUAAGCUUAAAAUAUUUAAAAUCAUCAUUUAUUGGUUACUUUCAAUUGGGAGGUGGCUGUCCCGAACCCUAAACCCUAAAUUUCACCUUAUGAAAAUGAUAUUGAAAUGAUUUUUUUUUUCCAUUGUGGUUUUAAAAAAUAUAUAUUUGAUUUCUUUUUAAAUUAAAGUUUGAUAUACAUGUGUGUGUGUGUGUGUGUGUGUGUGUGUAAAUUAAUUGAUUAAAAUAAAAAUGCAUUUUUUCAAU